ACGCGCUCUCCCAUUGAGUAUUCUCUUCUCGUUUUGUCUGCCAUAUGACACCUAUAAAUACCACCUCCACCCUUUCCUUCCCUCACCACCCCACUAUUUCCUUUAUUCUCCAGCUUAAUUUGAAGUACUUCAUUCAAAGAAACCAAAACUACAAACACAUCCCAGAAUUAAAAAUGUCGGGGGUUUGGAUUUUCAGGCCAGAUGGCGUAUUUGGACCUCAGGUUGGAAGUCAUCAACCAGAGUCCUCCUACGAUGGAGGGCAAGGAAGUAGUUCUAGGAGAAAGGUUUUGGUGCACUUACCAACCGGACAGGUGGUAUCAUCCUACUCCACCCUGGAGCAAAUCUUGAUGGGUUUAGGGUGGGAGAGAUAUUAUGGAAGUAACUCUAACCUCUUCCAAUUUCACAAGCAAUCUUCCAUUGACCUAAUUUCUCUCCCAAGGGAAUUCUCCAAGUUCAACUCCGUUUACAUGUACGAUAUUGUCGUUAAAAUUCCCAAUAUCUUCCACGUCCGAGAUAUGUGAGCAUGCACUCAU